AUGUCAGAUCAACUUUGCUCAAUGAAAAUUGUCACUGGCUCUGGAGAAGUGUGUGAACUUAAUGAAGAAGUAAGCGAAUCAGAAUUUAAUGCGGCGAAAGUUAACCUAGGUUUACUUGGUAUAAUCUAUUCAUCGACUUUCCGUGUACAACCGAUAUACAAUCUUCGUAUGACUGAUAACUUUGUCCCGAUAAACGAAUGGCUUAAUCCAAUGAAUAUCAAAAAUCUUUUAGAGUCAUCUGAUAGUAUUGAAUUAUUUUAUUGGCCAUUCAAUGGAUUCAAUCAGAGUGAUCCGAAUCCUCUUGACUCUAAUAGAGAUUGA